AUGGAGGUCGAUGAAGACCAGUGGAAACCGAGAGACAAGCUGCUGCUCGUAGAGGCAGUGACCAGUGGCGCUGCAGGAGGCGGCAGCAACGCUGGGAAUGGCAAUCGAGGAGAUUCUGGUGGGCAGGACGGCAAGCGCGAUGUGAAUUGGGCUGCCGUCAGUCGCCUCCUGCGAAAGCACAUCCCCAAGAAGCGACUCACCACCCCCACCAGCUUUGGUUCUAAGGGGCUGGAUCGCGUCGUGGCAGCGCUGCGAGAAGAGUACAUGCACCACCUUCGCAAAUCCAUCGAACUCUGCGAUUCCGAGAUCCAAAAGUCCACAGAGAGAAUGACGCGCAUCAAAGCUGGAGACCUGGACGAGGAGCUCCUCGCACACUACGAAGAAGAGAAGCGAUUCCGUGCCGCCGGUCAGAGUCCGCCGGCCGCCGCGUCUGUGGUGGGCACCGCUUCGCCUCCUCGCAAGCGCCGGUCUCUCGAGGAUAACGGCACGAGCCCGCUCGGCGCCUCCGCCCUGGCUCCGGCGUCGCCAUUGCCUGCCGCCGCCCACAAAGAAGGCUCGCCUUGA